AUGUCUUUAAAUGAUCAAUUUAGCAUCCAUGAUGAUGGUAGUGAUGAUGAGAGUACUUCUAAACGUAAAAGAAGACAAACAUCAAAAGUUUGGGAUCACUUUACGAAGUUAUCUACCGAUAAUGAUGAGAAAACUAAAGUUCAAUGCAAUAUGUGUAAUCAUAUUUAUGUUGGUGGUCAUGGCACUAAGACAAUGUUGAGGCACAUGGAUUCUUGCCCGAAAAGGAACUUAGAUGAGGCUGAUUCUUCCAGGAAAAGUAUGCCACUAAAUCAAGAAAAAUAUAGAGAAAUGCUUGCUAGAGUAAUUGCAUUGCAUGGUUAUCCAUUCACUUUUGUCGAACAUCGAGGAAACCGUGAGUUGCAUAGUUUUCUAAAUUCUGAAGUCAAGCAUAUUUCAAGGAACACUGCUAAAACAGAUUUGAUCAAGUUGUACAAGAAAGAGAAAGGAAAUCUUAAACAAGCUUUAAAGCUAGUUCCUAGUAGAAUUUGUCUAACCACAGAUUUAUGGACUUCUUCCACCUCUGACUACUAUAUGUCUCUCACUGCACAUUAUGUUGAUGACUGUUGGAUAUUGCAGAAUAAGAUAUUAGCUCUAUCUCAUGUUUCACCCCCAUAUAGUGGAGCAAUUUUAGUAGAGAAGUUAUUUCAUUUGUUGAAGGAUUGGGGUAUUGAAAAAAGAAUUUUUACUGUUACCUUGGACAAUGCAUCAUAUAAUGAUGUUUUCAUGAGAAUUUUAAAAUAUCAUCCAGUUUUAGAAGAUCAUUUUGUUAGUAAUGGUGAUUUUUUGCAUGUGCGGUGUUGUGCUCAUAUUCUAAAUAUUGUUGUGCAAGAUGGGCUAAAGGUUAUUGAUAAAUCAUUGUCUAAGAUAAGAGAAUGCAUCAAGUAUGUGAAGAGUCCUCCUGGAAGAAAAAAGAAGUUUGCAGAGUGCAUAUAUUUUGGUGGAGUGUUUAAGAUUCAAAAAUGCAUAAUGGAGGAGAUGAAAAGUGAUGAUCAAGAUAUAAGAUCCAUGGCAAAUGAUAUGAAAAUAAAAUUUGAUAAAUAUUGGGAAUACUACAGUGUUAUUUUAUCAUUUGCAGUUAUUUUGGACCCCCGAUACAAGGUGAAGUAUGUAGAGUUUUGCUUUGAGAAAUUGGGAGUUAGUUCUGAUUAUGUGUUGACUAUAUUAGAGAAACUGAGAAAGCUUUACAAAGAAUAUGAGCGAGCAUCUCUAGAUACAUCUGUAGCUGAGAGCAGUGGUGAAGAGAACUUUGGAGAUGUCCCUAAUGAGUGGUGA